UUAUAAUUACAGCUAUAAUAGACAUGCCGUAGAUGUCUUCAAAUAUAUUCAAUGUUCAAGUGCUAAAGAAAUCAUCAUUGCUGAGUGUUUAUCGGGUAGCAGUGCUACUCGCAUGGUGGCGAUCUGAUCGCAUGGUGAUGAUCAGAUCGCAUGGUGUAAUCCGAUCGAAUGGUGGUGAUCCGAUCGGUUUUGAAAUUUGAAAUUGUGAUGGCGAUACCAAAAAACUUUCACGAGUUGUACUUCGCUGAGAAUUUAUUGCUGCUGUUGUUGCUUGCAUGUUCUGCGACUGCAACGCAAGCUUAUCGAACAGGAGGUCGUUGCAACGGCGCCCUGGGCAUGUCUUCUGGCGCCAUCCCCGACCACCACAUCACCGCGUCCUCCUUCUACGACGCCGCUGUCAACGCCUUCUACGCCAGGGCCCACAAGGAGGUGGGGGGAGGGGCAUGGUGCCCUCGGACCCCGGUGCAGACCGAAGGGCUUGAGUACCUGGAGGUGAACCUGGUGAAGGUGCACGUGGUGACCAAGGUGGAGGUGCAGGGGCGGUUCGGUAACGGCCAGGGGCGCGAGUACGCACAGCAGUACAAGUUACAGUACUACAGGCCUGGUAUCGAUAAAUGGGUACCGUACCAGGACGGUCAUGGUAGUCAGUUGCUGGAAGGCAACACCAACACAUACCUGCCGAAGCAGUCGACGCUGAGCCCCCCAAUCUUAGCGUCGCGGCUGCGCUUCGUGCCGUACAGCGACAACGCCAGGACUGUGUGCAUGCGCGUCGAGAUUUACGGCUGUCCUUACAAGGGAGGGUUGUUGUCGUACACUACCGAGGACGGUGAGUUGCGCGGUAAGGACGACGGCCUGCAGGACGUGACGUACGACGGCAGCAGAGAUGGCAACCUGCUUGCCGGCGGUCUCGGCCAGCUCACUGACGGCGAGAUCGGCCAUAACAACUUCAGAGUUGACGUCAAAGGCAGACAUAAUGGUUAUGAGUGGGUUGGUUGGAAGAACACCACCAGAGGCAAAAAACCGGUCGAAAUAAUUUUUUAUUUCGACUCCGUGCGGAAUUUUUCGAGUGUGCAUCUCUUCGUGAACAACUUCUUCUCCAAAGAUGUCCAGGUGUUCUCUCGAGCGAACAUCAUGUUCAGCGUGGAUGGCGGGGAACAUUACUACAAAGGCAUCGAGACCAACGAGCAGCCUGACCGUGUGUUCGAGGAAGCCAAGAACGUGACCAUCAGGCUUCACGACUCCAGCGCAGACACCGUCAAACUUCAGCUCUUCUUUGCCUUGCGAUGGCUCAUGGUCUCCGAGAUCACGUUUGACAGCGUUCCAUGCAAGUGCAACUAUACAGCACUUGCACCAGCGAGUGCAACCCUUGCUGGGGAUGAGAUGUAUGCAGAUCAAACUCCAAUCCCGAUUUCGAAUGAAACCAACCUUUAUUCAACCGCUCGAGUAGCCGGCAUAGCGGCCCUGGUAGUUAUAGCAGCCUUCAUCGUAGCUUCAGCCUUGGGGGUUUUCCUGUACCGUUCAUACAUCACAAGAAAAGAAAAAAAGCCAACCGGUGAUGCUUUAGUACCGAGAAAAUUUUCAUUUGAGAUGAAUGACGUGCACAUUAACAUGAACAUUUCCCAGCAUGAUAACGGAUGCUCUAUGGUAAAGGGCAGGGCCUAUGGUGAGGUAGGUCUUGAAGAAGAGGUCGCAGCCAUGUAUCAGCAGCCGUACUCAAAGGUGAGUUCCCAAACAUCAACUUAUUUUAUGGGACAUAACUCACCGUUUGAUUUACCCGUCAAAUCUACUCCCAAAUCCGAAGAUUCGGUGGACUACGCCAUUCCAGACAUGACCAUGACCCCGCCACCGCCCUUUUCGGAGGCAUACCCCGUUCCUCCCCCAAUCCCAUUAUCAAAACCUCCGUCUCUUCUCUCUUUCCCGCGCAAAGAAGGUACCCCUCCUCCCCCCGUACUGUGUCUUCCUCCUCCUCCUCCUGACCAACAAUAUUACGCCACCCCCAAACUCUGCCAUGAGACGGACAUCAGGAGCAUCACAGGCACGGUCCUCUACAUGAACGAAACUGUCUAUACCAAACGAGAAAAAUCUAUUCCCAACAUCCCUACCGGCCUCUACAACGUGAUUGAGGUUAUAGGAGAGGGCAAGUUUGGAUUUAUUCAGCUGUGCAAAAUCAAAGACGUUGUCACUACCACGUUCAAGAACAUUACGCCUGGUGCCGUAUGUCUUGUAAAAAAACUCAUGCCUAAGGCCAGUGAUAUUCUAAUUCAAAACUUCAAAGAAGAGGCAACGAUCCUCAGUAAAUUAGACCACCCCAACAUUACUCGAUUGCUGGGAACCGCCAAUGUUUAUGACAGUCAUACAAUGUUGGUUGAAUAUUCAGAACAUGGAGAUUUAUACCAUUUUUUGAGGGAACAUACCUUUGUAGGAAGCACCCAGCCCACCAGGAACAAACCUGUGCUUGCUAUAAGCGACCUAAUCUACAUGGCCACGCAGAUCGCAUCAGCCAUGGCGUAUUUUGAGUCGCAACGAUUCAUACACCGAGACCUGGCGGCGCGAAAUUGCCUAGUGUGUGACGAUUUAAUCAUUAAAAUAACUGACGUGGCGAUGAGCAGACCAGCUUUCACGAAUCACUACUUCCAUUCAGACGGAGGAAGUGUGUUACCGAUCCGAUGGAUGGCCUGGGAGGCCGUACUGGAGGGACGUUUUAGUAGCAAAUCAGACGUCUGGUCGUUCGGCGUGACUCUCUGGGAGCUGUUCACGUUGGGCUCCUGCCAGCCGUACGAAAACAUGACGGACGCUUUAGUUCUGGAGAACCUGUCGCACUGCUACCACGAUGACGGGAUGGGUAUGACGUUGCUACAGCAACCGUCGUCGUGUGGUCGUGAUAUUUACCAACUGAUGAAGUCGUGUUGGUCGCAGCAAGAAGACCUGAGGCCUUCCUUUCACGACCUUCUCUCAUAUUUGCAGAGAAAAAACGUGGGGCCAGCGAGGUAAUGACGAUCCUUCAAACCGCACUGCAUUAUUAUUGACAAGAGGGCACGAAAAAUACGACGCGAACGCCAUGCGGAAAUUUUGCUUGUCCGCUUGUGGCCUGCGAAUUGUGAAUCUAAUAUAUUGCUAUAUAAGCUUCAAUAACUUCCAAGGUGCACGACAUAUCAAUACUUUAGGAUAUCUGAAAUAUUAUUCAACUUAACUAGCUCAGCCAACGGAAAUGUUGGGAAAAUUAAGCUAAGCUUUUUGUGCAUAACUUAAAUAAACUUUAGAUUUUUCUGUACUGUCGCUGCAAGUUAUUUAUAAAUGUGAAGCAACCGUUUUGAUAACAAUAUCGGAAUUUUAUGAAGAACCGGAAAUUUGAAAAUUUGUCAUCAUUAAUUUGAAAAAUUAACGAAUACCUCGUUAUAGAUAAAUACCAUGCACACAUAAAUUAGCUACAGUACAUAUUUAAAAUUUUACGUUUAAUAUCUCAAGAUUCAUUAUUUUUCAUCGUGGCCGAGACCCACAAAAGUUUUUCAAUGGAAAGGCUCGUAUAUCGGACCAGGUUUGAAGUCCCGAGGCUUUUUAAUUACGCUGGAGCCAGCAGCUUCUUAAGACUUUCUGUGAUAUCUUAGUUUUAAUUUCUACGCUCGGCUCUGAAGAGCCUCCAUAGGAACCUUGACCAGCAGGCCGUUGGCAGACCGGAGGCCGCUGAGUGGCCGUCGAUAAGCUGGCCAAGAUUUACAUUUGAGAUAUUAUUAGUUAGAUGCUUCGAUUGUGAUCCAAUAUAUCAUUUACUUAUUUAAUUUGCGUACCAUUAAGUUUACUCGUUAUGUUCCUAAUUAUGUUAGUUUACUAGGAAGAGAAUAAUUGUCGUUUGUAGAAAUUACGACUUUUCAUUGAACUUCUUAAUUUGUAUAGUGCACGCGGGAGUAAUUCAGUUUCACGAUUUUCACAUUCUGGCAUUGCAAAAUGGAAAAUAUGUCUGACACAUGAAACUGAAAUAAAUAAGAAUUUCACAUUUUUUUUAUUCAGAAACAAUACGUGCAUGCUGCAAAAAGUUAGAUAUUAUCGCAAUGACUGCUAAAAACUUUGCGACUGUUAUUGUUAAACGUAACAAGAGGUCCGUACUAUCAAAAUAGUUAACAUUUUGUAAGUACUUCAGCCAAUCACUGAUGACCUUUAACGCUAAACCCACCAAUCACAAACGAGAAAUCGGUUGCUAGAUGUACUUAUGCGAGUUUUGAUAAUAUGGCCAAUGGCUUUUUUUACAAUAGCACAUCAUUACAGUGACGUAGAAACCUUCGAAAUGUGCGAACUGCAAGUGGCACUCGAACAUUAUUGGCAAUUUUUGUCAACUCCUUCAGUUGAUGUGACCUUUGAUUCUUUUGAAGCCAAAUGAGUUAAAUUUUGCCUUUUUUGCUAAUGUACAUUUAAAAUGAAUUUUGAAAAUAUAUUAAAGUGGAGCGCAAGAGUGAGCAUAGUCUCUAAAUUUUUCUGUACAACUCAAUACUUGCUCAGGUUUUUAACUUAAUUAAAUUAAGUCAGUUCAUAUACUCCAGACAAUAUUUCAGUGUAUUAAUUUUGAUUCCAAGUUUUAGUAAUUAUAACCUUGGUGAAACAAUAGCCUUUUCAGCAUCUCGGGUGCUUGCUAAUAGUUAGUUUGAGCAAAUAACUUGUUGUUAGGUUGCAAAUAGCUCCCUGAAUACCCGUCAUUAUCUUCCAAUAUUUACAUAGAUAUUAAAUGAGAGUUUGAAGUAAUUAUUCAAGUUACUGUUUGCACUUGUGAUGUCAUGAAAAUUUUUGAGGAUUGCCUUUUAAUGUUUGUCAGUGUUGGUGUGCAUGUGUCUGUGACUGCUUGUCAGCGUCUGUGACUGUAUGUUUGUGUCUGUGUACAAACUUACCAAGUCCUAAACUUGAAUGUCUUCCACACACCUACUAUGUCUCUGAAAAGUUUUUCCGCAAUGUUCAUCACUGCACUAAAAUCAAAACGUAUUAGUGUUACGGUAAUCAACAAGACUUGCGUUAAUAUAAACACGGUAAUUUAUGAAACGUAAAAUAUUCCGCUAUGGGCUUGAAUAACAAUCUCAGUUCAAAAUUCUCGCCGUGACCAUGCAGUUCGGCGCAGGCACCUUCCCCGCAUGGUCGAACUCAACCGACAGUGAUGAACUGAAGCAGUUUGAGGCCGAUUCGACCGGGCGCGGCCGCAGGCAUGCGUUAUCUCGCAGGCAUCCGCAAAUGUUUUGGUAGCUUGGACAUGCCUGCUUGUUUUCUGUCGCGUUGCUGCGCCGAUUUGGCUGUUGGGGUAAUCAAAUACCUCGUUCACCGUACAUUCGCAGAUGGCUCCAUUGCGACGGCAAUUGAUUUCUCGAUUUAUUCAAUAGAUCUUCUAGUUCCAGUACUACAAAUGUUUGAAU